CGAUGAGAUGUCGGGGUGGAAUGGCGCUCGGCGCGGUAUUUUGAACAAUCUCUAUUCUGGAGCCAGUCCCCCGUCGCUGCGAGUCGGCUGUUUUUUUUAGAGCUGAGACUUAACAAGGAUGGAUGUGGUGUCACCAGAGCUCAACAGUCUCCUUCCUGAUGAGAUUAUGGAUACUGAGGCCAUAGUGAUGGAGGACACUUCUUCCCAAACUGUUGGCACUGUAGUGAAGGCAGAGCCCAGUGAGGAUGCACCAGUUCCCAUGGAAACGGAUACACCCAUCCUUCAAGAUAGUUUGAGCCUUUGUUCAUUACAGCCUAAUCAGGUCCUGACCACUUCCGCCACAAGAGGCUUCAUGCUCGGUGGUAUUAGCUCUGGGAGCCAACUUUCUGAAACCCCCUCCAGUGCAUCGUCUUCCCUUCUCACACUCAAAUCAUCCUUAGCCACCUCCACAGCCACAACUAAAACUACUGAUAGCUUGACAGGGACAAGUAUCUCCACCAGCGCCUUACAAAAGCUCUCGGCUCCCUUUCCAAUCUCAGCUGCAAACCAUCAGAUCAUUCUCAACAAGGUGGCAUCAUCUCAAGGCAAUGACGCAACAAAUUCCCCAGGAACUUCAGCUCAAGUUAUAGAGCACGAAGGGCAAAAACUACUGGUUACACCAAUAGGGAAGUCAGGGCAACCUAUCGUGCUUCAGUUACCCCAAACAGUCAGUAAAUCUGGCAUAGGACAAAUCUCUGGAGACACCAAGUCUCAGCCUCCUCAGAUUAAGGUGGUGACAAUUGGGGGAAGAUCAGACCUGAAGUCGGUGGUUGGUUGCACUGCAAGCCAGGUGUCCACUUUGCAGGCCCAGCAGCUGAAGACUAUGCAGAUUGCUAAGAAAACACAGGUUUCCUCAGCUGCACCAAUCAAGUUCAUCAUCACUAAAACAGUUAACAGCAAAGGGCUGACUGCUCAGACGUCAGUGUCUCCUGUCAUUGCAGGACGAGUUGUGACCCAGAACUCCCCAGUGAUGACUCCACGGACCAUUACUCUAUCUGAGCCCCUCAACACUAGUAUACAGAGCCUCUCCAAAAAGAUUGCUAUCUCACCGCUUAAAUCUCCUAGCAAGCUUACUGUAGUAUCAAUGGCCUCCCAGACUCCCGGCGCGCCACAGAAGUCAGUGGGACUACCUGUCAAUGUAGCCCUUGGUCAACAGAUCCUUACAGUUCAGCAGUCCACAUCGACAUCCCCAGCCAAGGUGGUCUCCAGCCAAUCAACAGCUCAGAACAUAAAACCAGUGCAGUCUGUGGCAGUGAGAGGCAUCGGUAGCUCCCAGCUGAAGACCAUCAUCCCCCUAACCUCUCAGUCAAACGUGCAGCAGAUUCAGGUGCCAGGCAGCAGGUUCCAUUAUGUUCGCCUGGUCACAGCCACGACAGGCAACAGCACAGGACAGACCAGUGGUCCCAGCACCAGCUUCAUUCGACCAGCUAAACCUAUGGUGGUCAACACAGGAGGAAUAAGGAUGUCUGUCCCAAUUGUUCCAGCACAGACAGUGAAACAGGUGGCGCCUAAGACCUUGACAUCAGCAGCCCAGGUAGUGACCACCACUCAGACCCAGCAACGCCUAAUUAUGCCUGCUACUCCCCUUCCCCAGAUCCAGCCCAACUUCACCAACCUACCUGCAGGCACUUUACUGGCGCCAGCUCCUGGGGGUGGUAAUAUGGGCUACGCCGUAGUGCCAGCACCUUAUGUAACACAACUCCAACAGUCACCCUUUGUGACCCUGGCCAGCAGCUCUGGUUUCCCCGCCCCCACUAGUGUCCAGACUCACUCCAGGCUGCCACUAAAUGGCUUAUCAACACCAGAUACAACCACAAGACCAAGGAAACCUUGCAACUGCACCAAGUCACAAUGUCUUAAAUUGUACUGUGACUGCUUUGCGAAUGGAGAGUUCUGCAGUAACUGCAAUUGUAAUAACUGCUUCAAUAACCUGGAACAUGAAACGGAAAGACUUAAAGCCAUUAAGAAAUGUCUGGACCGGAAUCCAGAGGCCUUUAAGCCUAAGAUUGGGAAAGGUAAAGAGGGCGAGUCAGAUCGUAGACACAGCAAAGGCUGCAACUGCAAACGGUCGGGCUGUCUGAAGAACUACUGCGAGUGUUAUGAGGCAAAGAUUAUGUGCUCAUCCAUUUGUAAGUGUAUUGGCUGCAAGAACUUUGAAGAAAGCCCAGAGAGGAAGACUUUGAUGCACUUGGCUGAUGCAGCAGAGGUUAGGGUACAGCAGCAGACUGCAGCUAAGACCAAACUGUCUUCACAAAUCUCAGACUUGCUCAUGCGGACCACACCUGUCAACACAAGUGGAGGUGGGAGGCUGCCUUACACGUUUGUGACAAAGGAGGUGCUUGAAGCGACAACCGAGUGUCUCCUGGAAAAAGCAAAACAGGCGGAGUUUAGUCACCAGGCUCAAACCCAGGCAGAGAGGAUGGUCCUGGAGGAGUUCGGACACUGCCUCAGGAGGAUAAUCAGCGCGGCAGGGAAAGCCAAAACAGACUGCCCUUCUAUCAACUGCUAGUAGGCCCGUGUCCUGGAUAUCUUACUGACCCACCUUUACAAAGAAGAAGAAGAAAGCCACUUUUAUUUUGUCAUCUCUGCAUUUAACCCGGAGGGUUCUGGCUCAGAAGAAGAAAUAAAACUGGUUCAUCUGCUUACCCCUACGACUUCUCUUGCAGAAACCGAUGCCUAUCUCAGUACACAGCAAUGGUCAGAGAAUGUACAGCGUUCACUGCCGUGGCCAAGAACAGACCCGUCAGCUGUUCUUCUAUUUUGUUUUGAUUUUUUUUAAAGAUUAUUUUUUUGGCAUUUUCUGCCUUUAUUGGAUAAUUACAGUAGAGAGACAGACAGGAAGGGCAGGGGGGGAGAGAGAGGAUGACAUGCAGCAAAGGGCCCGGGCCGGAUUCGAACCUGGGCCGCUGUGGUAAGGACUCAGCCUUAUGUGGUAUCACUCUACCAGGUGAGCCACCCGGGGCGCCCCCUGCUGUACCUUUCAUUUUUGUAAGCAAGUACUUGCAGGAUAAAUGUACAGAGCCAAAAUAAACCCCGACUAUUAACUGAAAUUUAAAAUGUUGAAGUAGUGCUUGAGACAAUGUUUUCCAUUCCCGAGGUGGAAUGGCUGGCUUUUCCCGUUUCUACUGGAAGGUAAACGAGUCUUGCCUUGCCGCUCUGACUCGGGUGUGCUUCAGAAUCAGUGAGUCAGGCAAGUUGCAUUUUAUAUAGUGCUUUUCUAGCAGCAACAGCCCCUCAGAGCGCUUUACAGUUAAUGAAAACUAACACCUAGAGGAGCAGAAUGACAGAAUGCUAAUACAUGGACAAUUCCAGUGAGAAAAGGUCAAAGGUUAAUAUUUCAUGUCAUUCCUUUAUUCCAGACUUCCAUGAGAAACAUCAGUGUUUUCAUUUAAACAGUGUCAGACAGUCUGUCCACCCACACCCAGCUCUAGGGCCUCCAUCCGUCCCCCAGCACAGCCCAGGCCCUCAGCACCAUAGUGUCGAUGUUGGCCCCGCUGCAGGACCUGGAGUUCACCACCUGCUUCAGGGGGACCAGCACAGACACCAUGCUGCUGGAAGCCCAGACCACACCGCCAGGCCCGCCGGACGGACGGGAGCCCCAGAGCCGGGUCCGAGUAAUGUGUCCCCGCUUGUGCCCUAUGCCUACUUGGAUAGGCUGUUAGCUCUCCACACAACCGUUUAUUGGAUUAAUUGUCUGUUGUCAUAUCAGUAUACAGUGCCUUGCAAAUUUAUUCAGCUCCCUUGAAAGUUUUGAGUUUUGUCUGGAUUACAAAUGAUGCUCACCCAUGUUUUUUAAAAUUGGCCAAAAAUGACGUUUGAUUAUUCCUUCUAAAUAAAACACUUAGGUUCGAACCCCUUCUAAUAUAUUUUUGCGCAUUAUGUCAAUAAGAGGGCAGACCAGUAUGAGACAUAGCUACUUGUAUAGGUAUAUUUAUUUUAAUGUAAACAUGUCUUUUAAAAGACCUACAUACCUACACGUUACACAAUAAACACAUGAAACAAUGUCCUAUACUCUACAACUUCAUUUUAAGACCAUAGACCUCACUCUGUCUCCCAUUGUCUGUGUCUCCCUCUGUCUGUCUGUCGCUCGCCCUCUGUUGCUUUCUCUCUCCCUCUUAUCUGUCUGUCUAUCCGUGUCUCUCCCUCUAUCUGUCUGUCUCUCUCUCCCUCUAUCUGUCUGUCUUUCUCACUGUCUCCCCCUCUGUCUAUCUCUCCCUGUCUGUUUGUCUUUCUCACUCUCCCUCUGUCUGUCUGUCUUUCUGUCUCACUCUCCCUUUGUGUGUGUGUGUCUCUGUCUGUCUAUCUGUCUCGCUCUCUACCUGUCUCACUCUCUCCCUCUGUCCGUCUGUCUGUCUCUCUCUGUCUCUGUCUCUCUCUGUCAGCUUCUGUCUGUCUCUGUCUGUCUGCGCUCAUACUGGUUUAUGUAAACAAGUUGACAAUAUUUGUCAUCUUUGUUGAGCAAGUUUUGUUUGAAAGGAAUUAAAGGUGCUGACUCCUGUUCCAAAUAUAGACCAGUUGUAAUAAUAGUAAAUAAUAAUGAUUAUUUUAUUUUUAUUUUUAUAGCACUUGUAUUCAGUAAUGGAAGUAAAUAUGUGGGCUAUUGAUUGAAGUUUUGAGGUAUAUUGAAGGGACGUCCGGCGCUGUGGGCGAGCUGUGCUGAGGUGAACAUGGAGCGACGAUGAGCUUUUCCUCCCCAUGAAACUGGAAAUAAUAAACCAUUGGGCACCUGC